AGGAACCUCUCAAGUCUCAACUACCUAACAACCCCUCACCCUCACACUCUACCUCUCUCAACCCUAACCAAAACAAAACAUGAAUCUCUGAAAUUCUCAUUUCCUUUGCCCAAAGCUUCUCCAAUGUGGCCACCGUGGAACAAAUCAGCCAUUCCAAUUCACACCACCUCUUCCUCAUUCUCCUGCUCCUCCUUCAAAGACAUCCAAUCCCUCUGCCUCGAAGAGCCCCCUCUUCCCGCAACAGCAACAAAACCCUCCGUCUUCCACCGAGUCAGACUCGCUAACUCGCUCCUCCGAACCUGCUCGACUCACCUCCAACCCCUCAAACACUCCCUCUCCCUCUCCCUCCCCCAACCCCAUGUCUCCAAACCCACCAUUUAUUUCCCGGGCGCCGAACACCGCGUCGUCGUCUACUACACCAGCCUGCGCGUCGUCAGGCCCACCUUCGAGGCCUGCAAGACCGUGCUCUCCAUCCUACGCGGCUUCCGCGUCCGAAUCGACGACCGCGACGUCUCUAUGGACUCCGCCUUCGCCCACGAGCUCAACCGGAUAAUGGGCCGCCACGGGCCCGACCUCCACGCCGACCUCGGCCUGCCUCGCGUCUUCAUCGCUGGCAGGUACGUCGGUGGCCUCGACGAGGUCCGGCACCUCAACGAGGUUGGCGAGCUCAAGAGGCUCCUCCAAGACCUCCCCGCAGUGGAUCCCUCCGACUGCCACGUGUGCGCCGCUCACAGGUUCGUCCUUUGCGACCACUGUAACGGUAGCAGGAAGGUCUACACCGACAAAAGUGGCUUCAAAACGUGUAAUGCCUGCAACGAAAACGGUCUCGUUAGGUGUCCCUCUUGUCUUGCUUCUGCUUCUUCGCCCUUUUCACCCUCCUCCUGAUCCUAUUUAACCAUCCAAAUUCCUUAUUUUAUUUUAUUUUUUAUAUUCUUUAGCUUUUCUUUUUUGGAUAAUGAGUUUUGUAGCUUUUGGGGCUUGUGAGAAUAUGUAUAGGCCCACCAGGUGGGGGAUCGUAGAUACUAGAUAGAUAGAUGCAAUGUGUGUGAGAGUAUCUCUAUCCCCCUCUGGAAGGGUAAUAUUUUCAAGGCUAUAUAUUAAUUAAUUAGCUAACUUGUCUUUUUUCCUUUUACUCAAUCACAUUGUACUUUAAAAAAAAUAUGUUGUGCAUAAUUUAAAUUUUUAUUUUUCA